UGAGUUUUGUAACUUACACAAGGCUUCUAAAUCGGAGGAAUCGUGUUAGUCUCAAAUUUAUCUUCAGGACGAUCCUCGUGACCUUCAGCCUCGUUUCCGGCCGAUUCAGACACUGGGAAAGUGCAAAGAGGCUGUUAAGGUGUUGUCCAUGUUGGCACGGAGGCUACUCAUUCGGCCUCAUAUUUUGCCAUUCAGCCACUCACGAGCCUCUAGUGGCCUCACGCGACACAAAUAUGAUGUCAUCGUGGUGGGAGGGGGCCACGCAGGCACGGAGGCGGCGGCGGCGGCUGCUCGAGUAGGGGCAGAAACUCUGCUCAUCACGCAGAAGAUCCAAACCAUCGGCGCCCUGUCCUGUAACCCUUCCCUGGGCGGGGUGGGGAAGGGGCAGCUGGUGAGGGAGGUGGAUGCCCUGGACGGCCUGAUGGGGAGGGCAGGAGACUGGGCGGGGGUGCACUUCUCCAUGCUGAACCACAGCAAAGGGCCCGCUGUGUGGGGCCCCCGGGCCCAGCUGGACCGCAGACGGUACCGCGAGUUCAUCCAGUCUGAGCUGCUGUCCUUACCCAGGCUGACUGUAGUGGAGGGAUCGGUGGAGAAGAUGCUGGUGUCUGAACCUCAUCCAGACAAGCCAGGAAAACACAGAGUAACUGGAGUACGCAUGGCUGGCAUGGACGAGGCCAUCCUCUGCAGCUCCGUGGUUCUCACCACAGGCACCUUCCUCUCCGGCUCCCUCUUCAUGGGUCAGACCACUUCUCCCGGAGGGAGGAUGGGGGACCCCCCGUCCUGCGCUGGUCUCUCCCACACCCUGAGGGAGGUGCUGGGGCUCACCGUGGGUCGCCUCCGCACCGGCACCCCUCCCAGGAUCGUCAAGGAGACGGUUGACCUGUCCCUCGCCACCGUCCAGCCCCCAGACCAGCGGCCCACGCCCUUCAGCUACAUCAACACACGCACCCGCUGUCCGCCUGAGGAGCAGCUGCCAUGUUACCUGACCCACACCACACCGGGGGUGGAGAGGGUGGUGAGAGAGAGCCUCCACCUCAACUGUCACAUUCAGGAAGACGCCAAAGGCCCCAGGUACUGCCCCUCCAUUGAGUCUCGGGUGAUGCGGUUUCCGGGGCGACGACAUCAGGUGUGGCUGGAGCCUGAGGGCUUGACCUCUGACCUCUUAUAUCCUCAGGGCCUCUCCAUGACGAUGCCCCCUGAUGUCCAGCUCCGCCUCCUCAGAGAGAUCCCCGCCCUUAGGAAGGCGGAGAUGCGGACACCAGGUUAUGGAGUGCAGUAUGACUUUGUGUGCCCAACACAGCUGUUCCCUUCACUGCAGUUGAAGAACACUCAGGGGCUCUUCCUUGCUGGGCAGAUCAACGGAACCACUGGUUAUGAGGAGGCCGCAGCACAGGGACUGUGGGCGGGAGUCAACGCUGGUCGGUUAGCCGCCUCUCUGCCGCUCCUCUCUCUCUCGCGCACGGAGAGCUACAUCGGGGUUCUGAUCGACGACCUGGUCAGUCGCGGCGUGACCGAGCCGUACCGCAUGUUCACCAGCCGAGCCGAGUUUAGAACCUCCCUGAGACCCGAUAAUGCAGACCUCAGACUCACACCCAAAGGUUUCGAGGAGGCGGGCUGUGUAUCGGCGGAGCGGUACGGAGAGGCGCUGAGGGUGCGGGAGGGGCUGAAGGGGGGGCUGGCGGCCCUUCAGUCGGUCUGCAUGUCUUCCACCCGCUGGAGAGAGAGGAUGGCACUCACCUGCAUCAGCGAGACCAAGAGCGCGGCCAUGAGUGCUGAGGACAUCUUGAAGUAUAAAGAUAUCUCCUUUGAGAUGUUGGCCUCUGCCAUCCCUGAAGUCUUUUCUCCAUAUUUGGAGUUUGCACACAGACUGAAGAUUGAGGUCCUGUACUACUCUCACUGUGAGAGGCAGAAGAGAGAGAUGGGCAGAAUACAGGAGGAAGAGAGUCUGCUGCUGCCUCAGGACCUUGACUACCUCUCCCUUCCGGCUUCUCUCUCCCAGGAGGUGCGAGAGAUACUAGACAGGGUCCGACCGGACACAUUGGGGGCGGCGACUCGUUUGCCUGGAAUGACCCCAGCUGCCAUAGUACAUCUGCUGAACUAUGUGACAAAAGCGCCACGCAGAGGCAGAAAUGCAGACAGAGGAUCUACGGACUCGGCCAAAACAAACGUGGAGCAAAGGAAUGAGAGGAAACGCACAACAAACCAACAUAGUAUCGCUACAGUGAUGUGAAAGUAAAACUAUGUAGUGUAUACGUAUUUAUUUCAAGUAUGCAUUUAUUUAAUAAAGAAACUUUUUUUGCA